AUGUAUGACGUUACAACUGAAGUCUCGAAAAUUAAUUUUAAUGAUUUAUCACCUAAUCAUUCUCGACUCUCCGCCAGAAAGAAUGAAGAUAACCCUUUGAAGAUAUUGGAAAAUAUUACGCUGCUGGAGAAUCGGCCAGCAUUUAUUGCAGGACCAAUGGUUCGAUAUUCAAAGCUACCAUUCAGGUCACUAGUUCGUCACUUCAAUGCUGAUAUAGUUUAUACACCUAUGGUAUUAGCAAGGGAAUUCGUAAGAAAUGAUGUGGCGAGGUUGUCAGAUUUUACAACUAAUGAAGAAGAUCGACCAGUGAUUGUACAAGUUGGUUGUAACAAUGUGGAAGACUUACUUAAGUUUGUAGAUAUGAUACAUCCAUACGUUGAUGGAAUAGGUCUUAAUUGCGGCUGUCCAAUAAGGGAACAAGUCAGGGAAGGUAUAGGUGCUGCUUUGAUGUCGGAACCUGAUCUAGUUGCAUCGAUGGUGAAGGCAGUUAAAGAGAAAUAUGGAGAUAAAUUAUGCAUAGAAACAAAAAUUAGGAUACAUCCUGAUAUCAAUGAUACCAUAAGGUUUGUAAAAGUAGUUGAAGCAAGUGAUGUUGACUUUAUAACAGUGCAUGGUAGGACUAAAAAUACAAGGUCAUCUCAACCAGCAAAUUUUGAAGCUAUUAAGAUUAUUAAAGAAAAUGUACGAGUACCAGUCGUGGCAAAUGGUGACUGCUUCUCAUCAGAAGAUGCACAUAUGAUUCAAAAGUUAACAGGGGUAGAUGGUGUAAUGUCUGCAAGAGGAAUAUUAUCUAAUCCAGCUUUAUUUGCUGGGUUCGAAGUCACUCCUUGGUCAGCAGUUGAAUUAUUCUGGGACUAUGCUACAAGCUACGGAUUACCAUUCAGAAUACUCCAGCAUCAUUUGUCAGAAAUGCUUUCAAAUGUUAUUCCUCGUACAAUUAUUAAAGAGAUGAAUCUGCUUAAUUCACUAGUUGAGAUGAUAGAUUGGUUUGACUACAAUUUCGUGUUAAAAAGAAGUAUGGAGAAAGGUUUUGCCGAAUCAAUAGAAGCACCUUGGAAAAUUAAACGCGAUGUCGCAUAA